AUGGGCCAUGCUCCAAAUUCCACGAAUCAUCAAAAACUUCAACCGCAACUAGUGAUGAAAAAUACCAUGCUCAAAUCCUCAAGCAAGACCAAGCCCGAGUCAACUCAAUCCACUCCCGCCUCAACCACAACAACAACAAAGACCCACUCACCCAAUCCGCCGCCACCACCCUCCCCGCCAAGUCUGGUCUCCUUAUUGGCUCAGGGAACUACAUUGUCACCGUCGGCCUUGGUACACCCGCCAACCAACUCACCCUCAUCUUCGACACCGGCAGCGACCUCACCUGGACCCAAUGCCAGCCAUGUACUGGGUCUUGUUACAACCAGACUAAGCCCAUCUUCGACCCUUCUCUCUCCGCCUCAUACGAAAACAUCUCAUGUACCACCGCCGCGUGUACUCAGCUCUCAUCCUCCGGCAUCGAACACGACUGCUCCACCUCCAACUCCGCCUGCCUCUAUGCCGCCGAGUUUCCUCUUCGGCUGUGGCCUAGACAACGAAGGCCUAUUCAGCGGAUCCGCCGGUUUGCUCGGUCUCGGCCGGAGCAGCAUCUCCUUGGUCGAGCAAUCCGCCAAUAAAUACAACCGGUUCUUCUCCUACUGCCUCCCAUCGACUUCCAGCUCCACCGGUCACCUCACCUUUGGCGACGGAGGCUCUCCUAACGGCGUUAAGUUCACGAAGCUCAUCACUUCAUCCCAAAGCGAAAGCGCGGCGUCGCUUUACGGCCUCGACCUCGCCGGCAUCAACGUCGGGGGGAGCCAGCUGUCGAUUGCGCCCUCAGUCUUUCCGUCUUCGGGAACGAUCAUCGACUCGGGGACGGUGAUCAAGCGGUUGCCGGCGACGGCAUACGCCGUGUUGCGGGGCGCGUUUCAGGAGGCUAUGAAGAACUACACGCUGACCAUGGGCGAUUCGUUGCUGGACACGUGUUACGAUUUCAGCUGCUUGGACACGGUGUCGUAUUCGAAGAUAGCGUUUGUGUUUGGGGAUGGACUUACGGUGGACUUGGACGCAUGUGCCAAUUGGUUUUAUUUUUUAUUUUUAGAAUUAAAAAAUAUAAUGGUAUUAUCCUUCGUUAAUUCCUUCGUUUGUAACUGUACAUUGAAUCUUUUCCACGCUCAAAUCCUCAAGCAAGACGAAGCCCGAGUCAACUCAAUCCACUCCCGCCUCAACUACAGAAUCCACCACCCAUUCACCCAAUCCGCCGCCACCACCCUCCCAGCCAAGUCCGGUCUCCUUCUGGGUUCAGGAAACUACUUUGUCACCUUCGGCCUCGGCACGCCAGCCAAGCAACUCUCCCUCGUCUUUGAUACCGGUAGCGACCUCACCUGGACCCAAUGCCGCCCAUGUCUUCGAUCUUGUUACAGACAGAGCGAGCCCAUCUUCGACCCUUCUCUCUCUGCCUCAUACAAAAAAUUAUCCUGUACAUCCGCCACGUGUACUAAACUCUCAUCUGCCGUCAUCCAACACGGUUGCUCCUCCGCCUCGUCCUCCUGCGUUUUACGGCAUCCGGUACGGAGACGGGUCCUUCUCCAUCGGGGAUUUCGCCAAAGAAAAGCUUACAUUGACCUCCACGGACGUUUUUGA